GGCAAAUCGGCUAGUGGGUCGGAUUUACCCGCUUUAAAUCACGCCUCUUCUGCCCCGCACACCGGGCAGGGACGGUGUCUGAACACCCUCCCGGGCCGCCCUCGCCUCACGGCUCCGAACGCCGCGGCUCUGAGGGAGCGGUACCCGCCGCGCCAGCCACCGCGGCUCCUGCCGGCUCCGGGGGACUAAAGCACGGAUUGUUUUGUUAAGGAGGGGGUUUAACAAAGGGCGGGGAGCCGGGCCAGCGCCUCGCCGCUGCGCCUCGCAGGGACACCCCCGCCCCAGCGCGGGCUCCGGCGGCGCUGCGCCGGGGCGGAGCGGAGCGGGCUGAGUCACCAGCCGCCGGCCCCGGGGGGAGCGGGGCAGCCCUCCCGAGCCAGGCUGUGGAGCCCCACGUGUCGGGGGCAUUUAAAAAGUUGGGGCAGGGAGAGGGGACAUGGCCAGAAGAGCGGCUGGCAGAGCGGGAGCUCGGCGGACAUGGGACACCUGUGGUGCCACCAGCAGCCCCCCGCGGCCACCCCCGAGCGCGGCCCCAGGACGGGAGGAGGCGGCGCGGCGCUGCCCGGCUCCCCGCUGCUGCUGCUCCUCGUCCUGCUCGCUUCCUCGAUUCCUGCUUGCGAAGGUGCACCAAUGCCAUCCCAAGCACUCGAAUCAGAAGAGGAUUUGCAGCUGUUGAAAGAGAUAGAAGAUGCAUGUUCUGCUUACCUGUCCACAGAUUCUCAGCCUCAGGUGUCCAGUACACUGGAAGAACUUUGUUUUUUGAUCAUGGGAUUUCUUCAGAAACCACAGGGUUUAGAUGAGAAAGACAACAACAAAAGGUUCUUAUUUCAUUAUUCUAAGACUCAUGACUCGGGCAACUCAGACAUCAUGUCAUCUGUCCUGCAUCCUUUACUGCAACUUGUUCCUCACCUUAAUGAGAGAAGACUGAAGAGAUACAAACUGGACGAAGAACUUCAAGGACCUGGAGUGAUUCAAAGCAGAGGCUACUUCUUCUACAGGCCACGUAAUGGAAGGAGAUCAGUGGGUUUUCGCUAAGGAGGAUUAUAGAUUCCUGACUUAGAACUAAAACUGCAGGAGUGCUGAGUACAUGGACAUACUGUUUUCUUUACAAUAACUAUUCGUUAUUAAUGUACAAUUAGAAAUCACUCAAAUGUAAAUAUUCUUAAACCAGACUCUGUUAAGGUCUUUACUAUCUUGAUUAUAUUAAAAGCAUAUUAAAAUUA